AUGGCAGAACUAAACGAUUUCGAGAAGCUGGAGAAGAUUGGAGAAGUGGCACUGAAGAAGAUCCGGUUGGAAUCUGAGGACGAGGGAGUCCCAUCCACCACGAUUCGUGAAAUCUCGCUUCUGAAGGAGCUUCGUGACGACAACAUCGUUGCUCUGUAUGACAUCGUGCACUCCAACUCUAACAAGAUUUAUCUUGUUUUCGAGUUCCUUGAUAUGGACCUCAAGAAAUACAUGGAGUCUAUUCCUGAAGGUGAAGGGCUGGGAAGAGACAUGGUCAAGAAGUUCAUGCUCCAGCUCGUUCGUGGGCUCUACCACUGCCACGCGCACCGAGUCUUGCACAGAGACCUGAAACCCCAAAAUCUGCUGAUCGACAAGGAAGGUAACUUGAAGGUUGCCGAUUUUGGCCUUGCCAGAGCUUUUGGCGUUCCACUGCGUGCAUACACUCACGAGGUUGUCACGCUGUGGUACAGAAGCCCUGAGAUCCUGCUUGGAGGGAAACAGUACUCUACAGGAGUCGACAUGUGGUCUAUCGGUUGUAUCUUUGCCGAGAUGUCCAACAGGAAGCCGCUCUUUGCUGGUGAUUCUGAGAUCGAUCAAAUAUUCAAGAUCUUCCGUGUUCUGGGAACACCAACUGAGGAGAUCUGGCCAGACGUCACUUAUCUGAGCGAUUUCAAGCCUAGCUUCCCUAAAUGGUCAAAGCAGAAUUUGGCCGACAUAGUUCCUAAUCUGGACCCUCACGGUGUCGAUCUUUUGGAACAGCUCUUGACAUACGAUCCUGCAGGAAGAAUCAGCGCCAAGAGAGCUCUGAUGCACCCAUACUUCCAGGAAGACUAUGUUCAGCCGUCCGAAUACCCGCAACAGUCCGCCAUGCAGGUUGACACAUCUACCAUCUACGUUUGA